AUGUCACUGGAGGAGGGCGAGGGACUGGGCGUGGGCUCGCUGGCAGCGGCUCUGCCACCUGCCGCGGCGUACCCGCACUUUGAGUUUGGCGACGCGCGGCGCGGCGAGCUUCAGAGCACGUUCGAUUUCGCUGCUGAGAAUGGGCGGCUCGACGCAAAGCAGACGUACAAGCUCAUGUUCUCCAAGGCAGAGCGGGAGGAGUACGGGUGGGCGCAGUUCGAGGAGGACCUGCAUGCCACGUGUGGAGCCGCCAAGGAGAGCGGCACCAUGGCGUGGGGUGAUGUCGUCUCCUUUCUCGACGACAACCUCUGA